GCUUACAUGAAGUAGAGCGAGAUAACCUUAAAUUUCCAAUAUGGCUGAAGAAGAAAGCUCGUCGUCCGAAGUUUCUAACAAGAAGAAUCGAUGGCGAAAAGAUAAACCAUGGGAUCAUGAAGGAAUUGAUCAUUGGAAAAUAGAGCCAUUUUCAGCAGAAGACAAUAAACAUGGUCUCUUGGAGGAAAGUUCCUUUGCAACACUCUUCCCGAAAUACAGAGAAAAAUAUUUACGUGAAGUUUGGCCACUUGUGGAUGCGAAAUUGAAAGAACAUGGUGUAAAAUGCCAAUUGGAUGUGAUUGAGGGUAGUAUGAGUGUCUAUACAACAAGAAAGACCUGGGACCCAUAUAUUAUUAUCAAAGCACGUGACAUGAUAAAACUCAUGGCCAGAAGUGUCCCAUUUGAACAGGCGUUGAGAGUUUUGGAUGAUUCUGUAUCAUGUGAUAUCGUCAAAAUUGGUUCCCUUGUUCGCAACAAAGAAAGAUUUGUAAAGCGUCGACAAAGGCUAAUUGGUCCAAACGGCGCGACGUUGAAGGCACUUGAGUUACUAACAGAGUGUUAUAUUAUGGUACAAGGAAACACGGUUGCAAUCAUUGGCUCCUAUAAAGGAUUGAAAGCUGCCCGAAAGGUAGUUGAAGAAACGAUGAAGAAUAUUCAUCCAAUCUACAAUAUAAAGACUUUAAUGAUCAAACGGGAAUUAGCUAAAGAUCCUGCUUUGAAGAACGAAUCAUGGGAUCGUUUUCUUCCCAAGUUUAAGAAUAGUUCUGUGCAACAACGUAAGAAACCUAAAAUUGCGAAGAAAAGAUACACGCCGUUCCCUCCCCCACAGCAAGAAAGCAAGGUGGAUAAACAGCUUGCUAGUGGAGAGUAUUUCCUCAAGGAGAAAGAAAGAAGAUUUAAGGCACAAGAGGAAAAGAAGAACAAACAAGCGAAGGCGGAAGGAAUACGUAAAGAACGCCGGGAAAAGAUGUUUGUACCUCCUGAAGAAGAGAAACAGACAAAAAUAAAGCAUGAAAAAGAUUCAAAUGAUAAAGUUGAUGUACAAGCAUUUAAGAAAAAAGUUAGAACCUCUCAGAAACGUAAACAUUCUGGCGUGAUUGAUAGUAAGACAACAAAUAUCAAAGAAAAGAAAAGGAAAAAGUCGACGUAGUAUCUACGACACCAUAUAUUGAUGGUCAACUUAUAGUAAUGCACAUCUUUUGUAUAGUGUAAGGUGCCAUAUUUCAGCCACUGUCUAUGAAUUUGUUGGGUCUGGACAAUUUUUUUUCUUUCAACGUCAUGUCCUCCGCAAAUCCUACGAUAAUAGGCGUCCAAUUCUCAUUGUAAACUUUGUCGACUUUUUACCGUCAAAAAAAUCCGGCUCGUGAAAAACCGCCUUGAUUUCGUUCGUAAUACUGGAAAUCAUUAAAAGACCCUGAAAAUUAUUAUUUGCCUUGUCAAUAAAAUAUCUGCGCGCAUGCCUGUCAGACUUUGAACAUUGCCAUGCGUGAUGUUAUUGGCAGAGUUGUGCAGAGUUAAAAACACGUUAUUAAUCCAUGUACUUCAGGUCGCCAGAAAUAAAAACAUGUCGGCAAAAAUGAGUUUUCAAUAGUCCCUGGGCGUCAAUCGAACGUUAAUUGCUGAUUUCUAUUGAAAGUGAAAUUGUUUUCAAAAGAAAUUAGCAAGCCAUAGCGUAAUAUAUGGUAUGUCCCCUUCCAUGAACGUCGAUUGACGCCAAUGCAAUAGUCAAUAAUGCCUAUACAGUGUACUUUACUGUGAAUAUAUUGUGGACCUUUAUAGAAAGCCCACGUUAUGACGUAGUUUGCGGGCAAAACAUGUUUGUGAGUGGCCAAUACGUCCAUGCAGUUGGCCAAUAUGGAGCAUACUUGGAUGGCAAACUAUAUAUGUACAUAUAUAUAUGUACAUCAAAACCACAACAUGGACAUUUCAUAGUUAACAUAUUUUAGAUUUAAAACGACUUUUCAAUUAAGAGGCGGCUUGUGA